UUUUGCGCACUGCGAAGCUCCGAGCGAGAAUUAGCCGGCUGGGAGCUAGCGUUGGGGGGCUGUCGCACAUUUCCUAUCGGGGGUAAUUCAAACAAUAAAUCCCCUCGAACGAAAGUCAGCAGCCGACGAUGACACCCUGACGAUGGCCCAGAAAGAUACGUUUUUGCAUCUGUUUGCUGGAGGUUCAAAGAUAAACCAGGAAAGAAACAGGCACUGCGCUACAGAAACCUUCCCUGCUAUGCAUUGAGGUGCGGUGGGACAGUGGGCGCUAUCAUGACGUGCCCCCUGGAGGUCAUCAAGACCCGGCUGCAGUCCUCCGGCCUGUCGCUGCGCCCCAUCUUCCAGGUCCAGCUGGGCACCCUGAACGGCACGGGCAUGAUCCGGCCUUCGCCUGUGGCCCCGGGUCUCUUCCAAGUGUUGAGGUCCAUUUUGGAGAAAGAAGGCCCGAGGUCACUCUUCAGGGGCCUGGGGCCCAAUCUUGUUGGCGUAGCCCCUUCCAGAGCGAUCUACUUUGCUGCCUACUCCAAAUCCAAGGAGAAGUUCAACACUGUAUUCGUGCCGAACAGUGGCGUCGUGCACAUGUGCUCUGCGGGUUUCGCGGCUUUCAUCACGAACUCCCUGAUGAACCCAAUCUGGAUGGUGAAAACCCGAAUGCAGCUGGAAAGAAGGGAACGGGGUGUGAAGCAGAUGAACGCGUUGCAGUGCGCCAGACACGUGUAUCGGACGGAAGGCAUCUGUGGGUUUUACCGCGGACUCACGGCGUCCUACGCUGGGAUCUCAGAGACUAUUAUCUGUUUCGUCAUUUACGAAACGUUAAAGAAGCAUCUGGCGAAUUCCAAGAUGGCCUCCCCAGCCAGCGGCGGGAGCGAGAAGGAGGCUACGGAUUUCCUUGGGCUGAUGGCGGCCGCGGCCUUCGCCAAGGGCUGCGCCUCCUGUAUAGCGUACCCACACGAGGUGAUCCGAACGAGACUUAGGGAGGAGGGCAGCAAGUACAAGUAUUUCUUCCAGACAGCCCGGCUAGUGGCUCUGGAGGAGGGCUAUCCGGCGUUCUACCGGGGACUGAUGGCCCAGCUCAUCCGCCAGAUCCCCAACACGGCCAUCGUGCUCUCCACCUACGAGCUCAUCGUCUACCUGCUGGGAGACGUGGCCAAGUAGAUCACCGCAGCGGACCGAGCCCACGGCCCACGGCACACGGAACGGCACCAGCAGCUCUCCGGAGGCCUGGCACCUUCUUCCACUCAUCCCAGGACAGCGUCGCGGGCUGCCGAGCCCACACGGAUGCAGACUUUAGACUGCGUUACCCAGACCUUUAUAUAUUAUUGUUUUUAUUUGAAGAAAUAAAAAAAACCGGGAGAUGUUUUUUUUUUUUUUACAAGACACUAAAAGUGUUCCUGAAUUUUCGUCCUCGGCACUUUGACGGAAGACAAAGCAGAAGUGUUCUCUGGUUCUGGAUCGGUCGAGUAUUAACUAGGAGGUCAUGAUGAAGAAAUGCAGCUGGAGGAGUCUAGAUGACAUGUGCUGUUAGUUACUGUUUGUUUUUUUCAGAUUUCCAAAGAUGAAAAGGUCCACUAGUUUGCUUGCAGAUUGUUUAAACAAGAAUGUUUAGCCAAUGCACUGAAAGUCAGUGAAACCUGCUGCAGUCCCUCUGAAGUCAGCUAGACUAGUGUGGUUGACCGUAAGACUUGCAUACAUGCACUGUUCUCAAUUCUUGGACUACUAGCUGGAGUUUUGGACGUCUACAGUUCCGUUUCUUUUUUCAUCCUGUAGGGUGGAGUUUAAUUUAAAUUAUUUCUGAAUGCCUUGCUAUGUGUCCUAGGGUGGUAUCAGAUUUUAUAACUCUGUUUAACACUUCCUUCUUUUUGUCACAAGAAAAACACAUUGUUGUGUUUUACGAACGAGGACCUAAAUGCAUAUUUAAACCAUGGUUUAAUAAAAAUGCAAAUAUGGA